AUGUAUACGGUGGAGUGGCAAAAACGUGGGCUGCCACAUAUACAUUUGCUUUUGUGGCUGACAAAUAAAAUCAGGCCCGACCAAAUUGACACAGUUAUAACGGCAGAAUUACCAGACCAAGACGAAGACCCAACAUUGUAUGACAUCGUGGUAAGGAACAUGAUUCACGGACCCUGUGGAGCUUUAAACCCUAACUCGCUAUGCAUGCAUGAGGGAAAAUGUUCAAAAAAAUUCCCAAAACCAUAUCAGAGUCAAACUUCAACUGGUGAUGAUGGCUAUCCAAAGUAUAGAAGAUUAUCACCAGAGGAAGGAGGACGCAAGGCUGCUAUUCGUAAUUACGAAAUUGAUAACAGAUGGGUAGUGCCUUACAAUAAACUAUUAUUAAAAAUUUUCGAGGCGCAUGUUAAUGUAGAACUUUGCAGUUCCGUGAAAUCAAUAAAAUAUGUCACUAAAUACAUCAAUAAAGGAAGUGACCAGGCUACGUUUAGUUUACAUUCUACAAAUGAAGUAGAAAAAUUUCAAUCUGGCCGCUACAUUUGUAGUUCUGAAGCACUAUGGCGGAUUAUGUCCUUCAAUAUUCAUGAAAGAGCACCAACUGUCACACACCUCGCUGUUCAUUUAGAAAACGGACAGCGGGUGUAUUUCACUGAAAAUAAUGUAAAUGACAUUGUGAAUAAUCCAAGAGAUACUACUUUAACAGCGUUUUUCAAACUAUGUGCAGAGGACGACUUCGCAAAAACUCUGACCUACGACAAGGUGCCUGCCUAUUAUACCUGGAAUCAAAAUACGAAAAAAUUCCAACGACGAAAGCAGGGGGCGGUAGUUCUCGGGUACCCUGGCGUGAGAAAAACAGAUGCUCUUGGAAGGGUGUACGUGGUACACCCUAAUAAUGCAGAAUGUUUUCAUUUGCGGUUGUUACUCCACGUUAUAAAAGGCCCUACUUCGUUUAGAAGUCUCCGCACUUUUGAAGGUGUAACUUACGACACAUUCCAAGGGGCUUGCAAAGCUAUGGGCCUCCUCGAAGAUGACAGUCACUGGGAGAGUACGCUCUCUGAAGCAGCCAUAUGCUGUUCACCAAAAUCACUUAGGUGCUUUUUUGCCAUUAUGAUAUCGUUCUGCCAAAUCACGGACCCGCAUCUUCUUUGGCAAAACUAUCAGGAAAGUAUGUCCGAAGAUAUACUGCAACGCAGACGACAAGAACUGUCAUCAGAUGAUUUAGAGUACGACCAAAAUAUUUUUGAUGAAGCUUUAAAUGAAUUAAAUAAAGAGGUCGAAUCUCUAUCAGGUAAAAGUAUAAAAGAUUUUGGUUUUAACUUGCCGUUAAAUUCAAAUCUUUAUGCAAUGAACAACAUCGAGGAUUUACGAGAGACUGACUAUGAUUACACCCAACUCUUACAGACAAUUCAAGAUGAACAUCGCUUAAAUCCAGAACAAAAAAUUGUUUACGACCAAAUAUUGUCAUCAGUUAAUAGUAAUGAAGGGAAAAUGUUCUUUCUAGAUGCACCCGGGGGCACGGGUAAAACAUUUAUAAUUAAUUUAUUAUUAGCAAAAGUAAGGUCUGACAGAAAAAUUGCUCUUGCCGUGGCGUCGUCCGGUAUUGCAGCCACACUUUUGAAAGGCGGGCGAACUGCACAUUCCACUUUCAAACUACCUUUAAAAAUUUGCAGUGACGACGUCUCUAGCGUUUGUAACAUCUCAAAACAGAGUAAAACAGGUAAUGGUGCAUUUCAAUCCGGAAAUGUUAAAAUCAAUCUUAGUAACCUAUGUGUUUUGGUCCAAAAUGUGGAAGAAUUGGUUGAGACCGUAUAUCCCGAUAUUACUAAUAUAACUACAAAGACUUUAUGUUGGUUUAAGGAAAGGGCUAUAUUGGCACCUACUAAUGAACAGGUUGAUAAAAUUAAUCAUUUAAUUAUUUCCAAGUUUGAAGCACCAUCACAGAUAUACUAUUCAGUUGAUACAGUUUUGGAUACCGCAGAGGCAGUACAUUAUCCAACUGAAUUUUUGAAUUCUUUAGUUCCUCCCGGAAUUCCUCCACACAAGUUAAUAUUAAAAGUGGGUUCACCAGUGAUAUUACUUAGAAAUUUAAAUCCCCCAAAAUUGUGUAAUGGCACGAGACUCAAAAUAGUUAAAUUAAAAAACUUUCUUAUCGAAUGCACUAUUUUAACUGGCUGUGGUACUGGUGAUACUGUUUUAAUUCCCAGAAUACCGAUGAUUCCCUCCGGAUUACCCUUCCAAUUCAAAAGACUGCAAUUUCCAAUCAAAUUAGCCUUUGGUAUUACUAUUAAUAAGGCACAAGGCCAAACUUUAAAAGUUGCAGGAAUAGAUUUAACUGAUCAAUGUUUUUCUCACGGCCAGUUAUAUGUUGCCCUUUCAAGGGUGACAUGUACAAAUAAUCUGUUUGUGUUUACUAACAAUCCGUCAGAAGUAAUGAACGUUGUGUAUAAGGAAAUAUUUCAAUAG